CUUAGAAUUCUGCAUUCCUGGAAUCCAACCGUAGGGAAUGUGGAACGACGCAGUCCUUCCCUCUCUCUCUUCCCCGUUCAGCAGCAGCCUCGGCAACACAGGACCACCAUGGCUGCAGAGUUCUGAUGACUCUACGGAGCUCCAGAGAGUAAACUGCGGCGGACUCCUCGGUGCUCUUCAGGAGAAGUCCGACGGAGGAUCCUUGACAGGUUCACUUCGAAGAUUCGUAGGCAUGUCUAACGUAACAGGAAAGGGAGAUCCGAUGAUGACCACAGGCUGCAGCGCCGCCGGGAUUCAUCCCAAAGUUGUGGCAGAACGAAGGAAGCGGACGAUAAGUAGGGAUCCUGCAAACAAGAAUCAAACACCUUCUUCACCAUCAUCAAAGAACCCGAAGACAAUGUGUUCGAAGACGAUGGCCAGAAUGCCGCUCAUCAAAGCACCUGCGAGGAGAAGCCAGAAGCUAGGGGACAAAAUAACAGCUCUUCAGCAGCUCGUUUCUCCCUUCGGGAAGGCGGAUACCGCAUCGGUUCUUCACGAGGCUGCUCUUUCGAUCAAGUUCCUCCACGAACAAAUAGAGAUGCUGACUGCUCCUUACUUCGUUAUGAGAUCCCCGGAAGAAGGUGAUGAGGGCCUCGCAGACAGCAAUGCUGAGUUGCAAAGCAGAGGACUGUGCCUUGUCCCUGUCUUCGCCAUGGUUGAGCUCCUGGAUCAAGAAGACUAUGGUCUCAACUUCUAUUGAGUUCCAUAACUUUAACCAACGUGGGUUGUCUGCCUCUGCCAAGUACUUGACUUCUUCUUCAAGCAAGAUCCGAUUUAGUUGUCGUUCAAAAGAGAUGAUG